AUGUCGGCAGAUGUUGUUGAUAUGUAUGGGCAGCGAGUUUGGUACAAGUUUCCUUACGAAGACUUAUUAUCUUUGAAGGUGUUGUUUGAUGGCGGUUUAAACUUCCAAAAAAUGUGUGAUGCUACACAAUAUGUAAAGACAGUGGAAAUAUAUCUUGAGCACCAAUACGUUAACAAUGAGGCUGAAGAGAGUGAAUCAGCUUUGCAAGAUGCUCAAUCAGAAGCGCAUGAUGGUGAAACUUCUCCGCAUGAUGGUGCUGAUUCGGGAAUAGAAAGGGAUGAGGCCCGAGAUAAUAGUGAACCUGACCCGCGGGAUGAGCGUGUAGAAGAAAUAGUUUCUGAGUUUGUUGAUGAGGAAAAGUACAAUGAAGCUCAUAGAGAUACACCUCCAUGCUCGGAUGAUGAAGAAGGUGACAUCGAAAGUGGUUAUGAAAGAUGGCGAAGAGGAAGUGGAGAGUUGAAAAUUAUGCAGGUUUUUGAAAGCAUAACCGAGUUCAAGGAAGCUGUGUUAGAAUAUGCAUUGAAGGGAGGUUGGAAUGUUAAAUACACAAGAUGGGGAGAUCAAAUUUCUGAGGCAAAGUGUGCUGUAGUGGGUGAGGUUCCUUGUACUUGGAGAAUCUACUGUUCUUAUGAGAAAUCAGUGCAACAGUACAUGGUGAAGUCAUUCCAAGAAGAGCAUACUUGCACCAAAGACGGGUAUUGCAAGUUAUUGACUGAUCAUGUGAUUGCUAAGCUUCUGAUAAAUGAGAUCAGACACGAUAAUGCAUUGAUGCCAAGGUUCAUACAAGAAAUCAUUGAAGACAGAUACAACUUGACGGUGACACAUGAUAUCGCUAGAAAGGCCCGAAAGAGAGCUUUGGAGAUGAUAAGCGAUGAGUUUGAUGAACAAUUUGCAAGGAUAAAAGACUACAAAGAGAAAAUCCUAGAAACAAACCCUGGGUCUACGUGUGAUGUUGUGACAAUCAUUAGAGACGAUGGUGUUGAGAUAUUCGACAAGUUUUAUGUCUGUUUUAAGGCUUUGAAGACAAUAUGGAGAGCUUAUUGUCGACCCAUUACUGGGAUUGAUGGGUGCUUUAUGAAAUCCACUUCAAAAGGACAACUCCUUGCAGCUGUGGGACGAGACACAAACAAUCAAAUAUAUCCUGUUGCGUGGGGUAUUGUUCAAGUUGAGGACACUGACAAUUGGAAGUGGUUCAUUGAAAGGGUGAAGUAUGAUUUAAACCUCCAAAGUGGUCAAGGGUUCACACUCAUCUCUGACAAACAGAAAGGUCUUAUAAAGGCUGUCGAUGAAGAGCUUCCUCACAUAGAGCACCGUAUGUGCGCUAGACACGUAUACGGGAACGUUAAGAAACUACACCCCAACAAGCCUAAGUUUAAAAAACUGUAUUGGGCAGUGGCAAAUAGCUUCAACGAGGGUGAUUAUAAUGCGGCACUUAAAGAGCUUAAAGCAUUCGACUCUCAGAUAUAUGAUGACUUGAUGGUGAGAGAUCCUAAAACUUGUACUCGUGCAUUCUUCAGUACCACAUCUACUAGCGAAGAUGGACUCAACAAUUUCUCAGAGUCUUACAAUAGCGGUCUGAAGAAAGCUCGUUCUCUGCCUUUAGUGGAAAUGCUUGAGACCAUGAGGAGACAAACAAUGGUUAGAAUUGAGGUGAGGAAGAAGAAGUUGCUGAAGUAUAGAAAGAAAUAUAGUGAAAAGGUUGCAAAUACCAUCGCUGAAGAAGAGGAAAAACGCAAAUGGUGUAAGAAAAGGACACCUGGUCCGAAUGGUGUUUCAGAAGUACAGGAGAACAACAUUUCCUACACUGUCAAUAUGGACAAGCGAACAUGUAGCUGCAGGAGAUGGGACCUCACCGGGAUUCCGUGUCGUCAUGCUUUGAAGGUGAUUAAAGAUAAAAAGCUUAAUUCUGAGGAUUUUGUGGCAGAGUGUUACUUGACCACUUUGUGGAAGAAGCAAUAUAGUGAUUCAAUCACUCCGGUUGAAGGAAUGAAGUUCUGGAAAGAUGCUCCUGGUUCUCACAUUGAACCACCGCCAAGACCUAAAGAGAAAGGUCGAAAGAAGAAUCCGCAGAAGAGGAAGAAGUCAAUUCAUGAGUCUCCUACAAAAGGGAAAAAAGUUUCAGGACACUUUAAGAAGAUCCAUUGUUAUCGAUGUGGGACAGAAGGGCAUAACUCUCUCUAUUGUGACCGACCCGGAGCCCCUAACAAGCCAAGAAAGAUUUAUCCAAGGAAGAAGAAACAACCUUCACAAGGAGAGACAAUGUCAGUGGACCAUGGUGAAGCUCCGGGACCAAGUCAACCAACACAAACAUCCAACUAA